AAGCUGCAAUUUUUGGUGAGGUUGCUUCACAUCAAGAAUAUGAGGGGAAUGAGCAAUGUCUGCUUUGAUGAGGUAUUGACGCUAAUUAAGGAGGCACUUCCAGAAGGUGAGGCCUUGCCCAAAAAUUUUCAUGGGGCCAAAAAGUUUGUGAGAGCCAUUGGUAUUGGAUAUAGUAGUAUAGAUGCAUGCAAAAACGAAAAGAAAAGAAAAGAAAAGAAAGGGGCCAAAAGAAAAGAAAGGAAGGCCAAGUGGCCUUGGUCUAUUAGUAGGUGGAGUCGCUUCGGAGCGCCUUGCUCAAGUUGAAGCUGAACUACAUGCUGCUAAACAAGAGAACAUGGAGCUUCGGCAUGUGGUGCAUACUCUGGUGGCUAAUCAAACUUCAAUAAUGGCCAAGAGUGAGAGAAUGCAAGAACAGUACAAUGAGCUAAAAAGUUUGAUCAUAGCUUCUAGGGGGUCUGUUGAAAUGGGAGAGAUUCCAGAAAAGGAGCUUCCAAAUAAAGAUCCUUCUAAGGACUUGGAAAACAUGAAUGACGAAGAACAAGCAACUUCACUUUCAUAUACUACCAAGGCAUCCGAGGCAAUGGCUGCUCCAAGGCAUCCAGAUAAGGUGAAGGCAACCCAACUGGAAUCAAGGAUAACAGAAUCAGCACUACCAAGUCUUGCGCCUGUGCCAAAACUGAAGAAGACAAAGACAACUAAACAUAAGAAACCAGGAAUAUUUCAAACACCACUCCAAAAGGGGCCAAAGGACGAAUUAAAAGAUACCAUAAAGUGUGGCAUGGAAGUUAGUUUGACGUCACCAAACAGUGCAAGUGUGGUGGCAAUGGGAACCAUUCAGAAAACUGAUAGAAAAGCUAAAGCCAUUGAUGGUCAACCACUAGCUGAUUGUGUUGAAGUACUUGUCAACAUCGUGCUCAAAGAAACAACUGAGCUGCCUCGUGCACAAGGGAAAAUAAACAGGCUAGGAAAUGCCCAAGCUAGGUGUAUUCCAUGGCCACGCAAAAAUAUUAUGCAAACAGACCGUACUACCGUGCUGCAUUCUAAGGUUUCUAGUGUUUGUAGUCAGAUGUCUUUCAACAAUAGUGAGAAUGUGGAUCCCAACAAAACAACUACUGGAACUCAGGUGACCAACCAUCAGACUGGUUGCAGUACUUCAGAAGGUGCAGUGAGGAAUACACUGAAGAGAAAGAAAGUUUCUGAGACAACAAGAAUGAAAAAAGGUACUCAAGCAAUCUCUGCUACAACCGGAAACAACAUACUUAGGAAUUCGGGCAGGGAAACAUGAAAGAUGGUCAUAAGUGAGUUGUACAUGCCUUUCCCUGUAACACUUGUUCGUAUUGUUGUCACAACAGUAGGAAGUGACCUGUGUGUUUCUGAUUGAUACUUCGAUAUUGUUUCUGAAUUUGUGAAGAUGUUCUGAUGGUGAUGCUUUGCAUUAUUCGUGUGCACGAUGAUACUUCUAGCCGAUGCAAGCUUCUCAAUCUUUUUUUC